AUGGCUGUCCCGAUACCAGAAGAUGACGAACCGGCUUCGAAGAGGCCGAGGACUGAAGAUGCACUAGAGCCGGAGAUGUCUUGGUUGGCCAAACACUCCGGGAAUAUUACCGUUCAGGUUUCCCUCCCGCAAGCCCCAGAGCGCAGUGAGUGGCGUUUGGAUGGGCGCGUGCUUUCGUUCCCGGUGACACUGAGUUCGACCGUUGCUGACCUCAAAAACAACCUGCAGAGAGCCACAAAUAUGCCUAUCGCUAAGCAGAAGUUACAUUAUGAGGGUCUAUUCUUCAAAGACACGAACUCGUUGGCGUAUUACAACGUUUCGCCCGGCGCGGUCAUUCAACUCCAAGUUAAGGAGAGAGGAGGAAGGAAGAAAUAA